GCUAACAGACCCAAAUGGUCGUGUAAACAAAAUUUGAGACCGCCAGGGACUUGUGCAGUGAUUCAGGGGCAAAGUGCAAUUUUUCUAAGAAGACUCGGCGACGUUAAGUGAAAAAAUUCUUCCGGUCAAGUGUUUAAUCGUCAUGGACACAUCAACGAAUAAUUCGAUCAACGACGAUGACGAGUACAUUCUCUCAUUAGCUUGGAAACAGUCCGUCUUGUCGGCCGCAUAUUUCAACAAGAGAACGAUGGACGUACAUCUAGUCAAAGAAGUGGAUGAUUUCAAGCCGGGCCUAUCGUACACAGCCAAUUUACUGCGACAACUGACACCGUCCAUAAUUCUAGCCAGUGGUAGCGUAACAUUCCACCGAGAAUUGUUGCGUCUGCUAAAUUAUCCACCGAACACCGAUCUGGCCCAGUUCAAAUAUUCGAUCAAUCAUACACCAAACUCGAAGUUGGUUCUGUUUUCGAACUGCGACGCGAAACACCUUGCAAAGUGUCGUCAGAGAAUUUUGUCCCUUGACAUUCCCGGCAUGAACAAGAACAUGACGGACAUUGAACGAAGCAAUUUUAUGGAAACCAUCGUAUCGUCACAUCAGGAGCAAUUGGUAAUGGGAUUCGGUAACCUGCUGAUCUACCUGGACGAAAUGUGGAAGCACAUUUUCCUGAUCACUUCCGACGUACCGACAAUUGCUAGCGUUAGCAUUCGUGCUCUGAACGACCAGGUGCUCAUCGACGAAGACACACUGAGCGGACUGCACGUAUUCUUUCUGCAACAACAUCCGUCCGGAUUUAAAAUUGGUUCCGACGGCGGUUCGAAAGAGGGAUUUUCACUGUAUUCGGUGAUGAAUCGCUGUUACUCGAAAAUUGGAGGAAAAUAUUUGCGAACGUUGAUGCAACAGCCGACCAACUCUCUGGACGAAUUGAAUUCACGGCUGGACACCAUCGACUGGUGUCUGGAUAAGAACAACUUCGACGCCCUGAACCUAAUCAAAUCGAUUUUGCGUAAGACUGGAAACAUCAACGAAGACUUUGGGAAGCUGCUGAAGAAUCCCACGAAACGACGGUACUGGCUGUCCUUUGCGCGGAAUAUUCUGAAUUUGUGCAGCAUUUGCCAGUUGUGUUUGGAGCUGGAGAAACAAGAGCGGGAAAACGUUUUAUUGAGCGAAUUGGCCGUGCAGGGACGUGAACAUUCGGUGCUGUUGUGUGUCAGUUCGUCUGUGUGUAAAAUGAUCAAUUUCGAGCAGGACAGCAACAACGACGAUUACAUAAUACGGACGGGGUUCCAUCGGGGAUUGGAUGAAAUGCGGAAAAUGAAGGACCAAGUCAGACGAACCAUUUACGAAAAGUUUAUGGUUUUGGUGAGGCGGAACCAUAUUGCCAAGUGUACGGUGACUCAUUUUGCGGAAAUUGGAUAUGUGUUGGGUGUCAAGUUCGACAGUCCGGCAAAGCAGAAAACGUUCACCGAUAACUUGACCACGAACCAACUGGAAUUUUUGCUCCAAUCUCAAGGCAUAUUCUGCUACAAAUUCGCUCAAUGCAACGAACUAAACGAAUCGUUCAGAGAAUUAAAUGUUCGAGCCCGAUGUCAGGAGGAACAAAUUCUAAAAGAAUUUCUCUCUUGGUACACCCCUAACGUUCCGACCAUCCAAUACAACACCGACUUAUACGCCAAAUUGGACUGCAUGAUGGUCUUCGCCGAAAUUGCUACCAAAUAUGAACUAGUCCGUCCCGAAUUGACGCACGAGAAAGCACUGGAGAUCCGUCAAGGGCGCCAUUUUCUGUUCAAUUCAAAGACCACAGUCACACCGAACGAUACAAUUGUGAACGGUGACCAAUUCGUCACGCUACUGAUGGCCCCGAAUGCAGCUGGAAAGAGUUUCUAUCUGCGACAGAUUGGCUUGAUUGUCUACAUGGCCCAUAUCGGUUGUUUCGUGCCGGCUACUGCCGCAAAAAUCGGUCUGGUCGGUGAGAUUUUCACGCGACUCUAUUCGGAAGAAUCGACGCACAACAGCCAGUCGUCAUUUCAAUUGGAAUUGAUCCAAAUGAGCAGGAUACUGUCAUCGUCAUCGGACCGGUCGCUGAUUUUGAUCGAUGAAUUCGGCAAAGGAACGAAUUUGAUUGAUGGCAAAGCGAUAUUACUGUCAUGCAUCGAACAUCUGUUGACACGCGAUGCCGCCGUACCCAUAACAUUCAUUACGUCACAUUUUUCCGAAGUGUGCGACUACUAUCGAUACAAUAGGUGGGUCCAAACGAAGACGUUUAAAAUGUUUCGACACGAAAAUGGCAGCAUCUAUUCGUCACAUGAAUUAAUUGAUGGUGAGGGUGCGCACAGCUAUGCACAUCAAUGUGAAGAGGUGAAAGUGUUCCUGGAUUGGAUACUUAAGCAACCGAAUAGCAGUGGCCAUGGAAACAGCGACUUUGGCGUAGAUUCUCUGACAGAGGAGGUGAACGAUGUUUACUUGAGGAAAGUUGAGUUUUGUACGGAAAGCUUUUCCAAAUUUAUGUUGAAUGGGGGAGUGUGUGACGAGAACACUUUCGGGCAUUUAGAAUCACUUUCUCAUACCAAUAAAGCGAAUUUUAGUUGAAA